GGGUGCGUUUACAAGGCGUCUGUCAUAUGAACGUCGUGAACACACAACUCUCUUUCUAUUUUGUUCACUCUCUCGCUCUCCUCUCUAUUUGUUAUUGUAAAUUUUUCAACCAAAACAAACCAUUUCCAUUGUCCCACUUUGUUUGUUUUUAUUUUCAAACACAUUUAUAAUAUACCGGCUCCAAUGCUUCGAUAGUAUUCGUACGUACCUUCGAUUUAUUGCUAUUAUUUUCAUGGAACUUGGUUUUGUUUUUCUGAUUCGAAUUUCGUUAUGCAUUCAGGUUUGGUUUAAUGACAUUCAAUCAAACUCACUUUUUUGGCACUACAAAGAAAUGUUUACAUUAGCCCGAUGGAGCACCACUACAUCUACAUCGAAUGUUCCUAUUGGAUUGUACGAUCGUGUGUGUGAGCGUACAAAAAACGUAAAUGUAUCACAACAUUGGAGAGCAGUAAACAAAGAGACAUCAAUACAAUAUUCUCAGCUGAACGUACAACAACAAAUUUUGUAAGAAGUUAUAUUUCGACGAAAAAUUUAUUCCCAGUAAUCAGUUAAUGUCAAAAAGCACUACAUGAGCUAAAAUAUUAUCAUUUUAUAAACAUUUAAUUUCUCUAGUUUAAUUUGUUAUGUGUAGAUUGUCAGAAUUGUGAACAUUGCAGUGUAAGUUUUCUUGUUUUCAUAUCGAGGAGAUAGUUACAAAAUUGGGUUUGUGAAGCGAAAAUGGCCAUGUCUACCGUUUUACCGUAUCGUAUUAGAUAUGCAAGUGGCAGAGGUUCAUGCACAAAAUGUGGGUCAGAGAUUGCCAAAGGUACAUUAACACUGGCAAUCAUUGAACAGAGUAUGACGGACGAUUGUAUGGAGCCAAAGUGGUUUGAUCAAGAUUGUUUCUUUAAACAUCGUCGACCUGUAUCGGAAACACUUAUCGAUGGAUUUACCAAUCUACGUAGUGCACAUCAGGAUGAUAUUCGAAAACUUCUCCGUAGUGGCAUAUCGAAUACCACUAGAAAUCCAAUGGACUCUGACCAACCACCCGAGAAAAAGAAUUGUCCCGUUGAAAUGGAAGCCGUCGAACUGGAGAGAGAAAUCAAGAAACAGAAUAAGGAAUUUUUCGAACUUCGUGGCAAACUCAAAGCCAAUUCGAAAAAAGAAGAUCGCAUUGCUAUUCUACAAUUUAACAAACAGUUCAUUCCCGAAGGAAAUUCCGAGAUUUUAAAUCAUCUCACCGAUAUUCUCUGCUUUGGAGCUCUGGCACCGUGUUCAAUGUGUAAGGAUGGGCAAAUGGUAUUGAAAAAUUCAAUUUAUUGUUGUACAGGGAACAUUUCCGAAUGGUCAAAAUGCGUCAACACAGCCAAAACACCCAAUCGUGUUCCAGUUCAAAUACCUGAAAAAUAUCAAAUUUUCUUGCGAGGCAAUUUCAAAGUUCGUGCACGCAUCCUCAACGAUGUGCCAAAAAUUAACGACGAAGAUUACGAGCUUUACGUGAAACAACCGCUCUUCGGUAUGGAAUUCAUGAUUGUUAGCAAAUCGAAAGGGGAGAUAGAAAAUAAGAUUAAACAUAUGGGCGGAAAUUUGGUUGAAGAAAUCCAUGAGAAUCUGGCUGCUAUCAUAUCAAAUCCAGCGGAAGUAUCGAAAAUGGGACCAAUUAUGGAAAAUGCGAAAACUUAUGGAAUACAUGUCGUAUCUGGGGCAUUUAUUGACGCGAUCAAAAAUACUGAUCCACUUCAGUUAAUUGUCAUGUAUGAUCUGAGCGGUUGGGGGCAAGAUCCCAAAGAACGAUUGCCACAAAUGCAGAACGAUGCUAAUAAUUUGGAUGUUCCUGGCACCAGCGGCAUGUCGAAUGUUCAAAGCAUUAAAUGGAAAUACGGAAGCGUUGUUGAUCCAGAUUCCAAACUCGAGAACGUCGCCCAUGUUUAUUGCGAUGAUAAACUAAAGUUUUACGCAAUUUUGGAUUUGGUGGACAUCGCUGCGAAUAAAAACUCCUAUUUCAAAAUGCAACUUUUGGAGUCGGAUAAAGAGCAAAUGUUCUGGCUAUUUGUUUCCAAAGGUCGAAUAGCCACAUUAAUUGGUUCCGUCGACGUAAAACCAUAUAGUAAUUUGCUCGAAGCAAUCGCAGCAUUCAAAAAUUUAUACCUCGAAAAAACUGGCAAUGAGUUUGGAACGGAUGUGUUUGUGAAAAAGCCGGGAAAAUACAAUCAAAUGAAUGUUGAUCAUGGAAUUGAACGGGAAAAAGUGCUGACGGAAGGCAAGAAAAUCGAUUAUUCAUUGUCAACGUCGAGUUUAAGCCCGUCGCUGUUCAAUUUGAUCGAAUGGCUGUUUGAUGUUGACGUAAUGCAAUCAGCGCUAAUCGGUUUCGAUAUCGACCUCGACAAAAUGCCACUGGGUAAAAUUAGCGAGCAACAAAUUCAAAGUGCAAUCAAACUGUUGAAGGAAAUUGAAUCGCUAUUGCCGCAGAAUCCUUCAGUUGCGUGUUCUAGAAAGAUUUUCGAUGCAACCAACCAGUUUUACUCACAAAUCCCACAUUCGUUCGGUGUUCAGCGUCCGCCGUUGUUAAACACGAAAGAGAUGAUUGAGAAAAAAUUUGAAAUGUUAUACGCCCUGCAACAAAUGGACAUAACUUACAGCCUACUCUCCGAAAAUGUCGAAGAAGGAAGAAAUCCGAUUGAUAUUCACUAUAGGACACUGAGAAAUACGGUCGAAAUCCUUGAUCUUGAUAAACAAUCCGCUGAAUAUGAUGAAAUAAGCCGUUAUGUAACAAACACAGCACUGUCCGGCGACAAUGGAGCGUUCCGCCUUGAGUUGCUUGAUGUGUUCAAAGUUUCGCGUCGCAAAGAAAAUGAAACAUUUGCACCGUUCGAAGGAACGGAGAACCGUAAGCUUCUCUGGCAUGGUUCUCUGUUCACGAAUUUUGUCGGCAUUCUAACGAAUGGAUUGAGAAUUCCAGAUCGCAGUGGCAUGUUCGGGAAGGCCAUAUACUUUUCUGAUUCUGUAUCAAAAUCGGCAAACUACUGUAAAAUCGUUAACUCGACUGACAACGGUCUUUUGGCACUGUGUGAAGUAGCAUUGGGUCGCUGUCUAGACGUCUUCACAUAUGAUGGUUUCUCAAUCAACAAUGUUCGCAAUCAUGACACAGUCAAAGCAUUCGGUUUUUAUAGUCCCGAAUCAGACCACGUACGGCCAGAUGGAUUGAUUGUUCCAAAUGGUGAACUUCAGUUCAGAAAUGAUCAAAGAAACUAUGUCCUUACAUUCAACGAGUAUGCUGUAUAUUCAUCCGAACGGGUGAAGAUCAGAUAUCUUGUCAAAUUGAAAUUUGUUAACUGGCCAGUUGGCCCUGCUGCAUUUGUCGCUCCAGCAAUUCCCAGGAAUAUACCAAACCGUCUAUAUCGGGCGCUUCGUAUACCAGCGAUACCUCCGAUUGUUCAAAAUUUACCCAACAUACCAAAUCCGAACAAUCCAGUAAAUCCACCGAAUGCUCAAGCUGUUCGAAAUCCACCUCGUCAGUGGUGGCAUAAUCGUCGCAAUCGAUUGCAGCAGAAUAAUCCCGCAACUGGCUAAACAAAUCAUGAUAUUUUCCAAAUGUUGUUUCCAACGAAAUUCAUUGUCCUCCGAAUUAUAAUCUCAGGGAAAACCAUUUAUGUUUACUUCCUACUUUAUGGCUAAGCAUUACGUUCAUAAUAUUAAUAGUAUUGGUAGUAAAGGUUUGCCUUUGAACUAAUUUUCUUAUGACUUUAAGAAUUAUAUGUUUAAAUUGACAAUUAACUAAAUGAACGAAAAUCAACAGAAAUUUUACGAAGGAUUAUCUCCAUACAAUUUAGUUGACAAUUAUGAAAAUUUAUUCAGUUUUUGCUUAAGAGGGUGAAUUAUACUAAACUAUUGGAAAAAGUAAAAAAAAUGAUAAGAAAAAAAUUCAUUCUAACCAACAGGAAUUUCUUCGACUUGUAUUUCGAAUAUUUCUUAAUAAAAAAAAAUAUUUCGUCGAUUGUUCAAACACAAACAAAA